AUGAGCAUGUUAGGACACUUGGCCCAAGGGUCAAAGAGAUCAUUCUCUACUUCAUCAAGACAAUAUCAAAAAACUGUCUAUAACAAAUAUUCAAAUAUUAUUACUCAACCAAAAGAUCAAGGUGCUUCACAAGCAAUGUUUUAUGGUACUGGUUUUAAAAAAGAAGAUUUUAAUAAAGGUCAAGUCGGUGUUGGUUCCGUUUGGUGGUCUGGUAACCCAUGUAAUAUGCAUUUAUUAGAUUUAAAUCAUAGAUGUUCAGCUUCUGUUAAUAAAGCUGGUUUAAAAGCUAUGCAAUUUAAUUCAAUUGGUGUUUCUGAUGGUAUUUCAAUGGGUACUGCAGGUAUGAGAUAUUCUUUACAAUCAAGAGAAGUUAUUGCUGAUUCUUUUGAAACCAUUAUGAUGGCUCAACAUUAUGAUGCUAAUAUUUCUAUCCCAUCUUGUGAUAAAAAUAUGCCAGGUGUUUUAAUGGCUAUGGGUAGACAUAAUAGACCAUCAAUUAUGGUUUAUGGUGGGUCUAUCUUACCAGGUCAAUCUUGUGGUGGUGAAAAAUUAGAUGUUGUUUCAGCUUUCCAAUCUUAUGGUCAAUUAAUUUCUAAUCAAAUUACUGAACAAGAAAGAGAAGAUAUUGUUUCAAAAUCUUGUCCAGGUGCUGGUUCUUGUGGUGGUAUGUAUACUGCUAAUACAAUGGCUUCAGUUGCUGAAGUCUUGGGUAUGACUUUACCAAAUUCUUCAUCUGCCGUUGCUACAUCUCAAGAAAAAUUAGAUGAAUGUGAUAAUAUUGGUGAAGCUAUUAAAAAAGCAAUUGAAUUAGAUUUAAGACCAAGAGAUAUCAUGACUAAAGAAGCUUUCAAAAAUGCAAUCACUUAUGUUAUCGCUACUGGUGGUUCAACAAAUGCUUGUUUACAUUUAGUCGCUGUUGCUCAUUCUGCAGGUGUUAAAUUAACUUUAGAUGAAUUUCAAGAAAUUUCUGAUAAAACUCCAUUAUUAGCUGAUUUUAAACCUUCAGGUAAAUAUGUUAUGGCUGAAUUAGCUCAAUAUGGUGGUACUCAAGCUGUUAUGAAAUAUUUAUUAAAUGAAGGUUUAUUAACUCCAAAUACAAUGACAAUUACUGGUAAAACUCUUGGUGAAAAUGUUGCUGAAAUUGCAGGAUUACCAGAAGGUCAACCAAUCAUUUAUCCAGUUUCAAACCCAAUCAAACCAAAUGGUCAUUUACAAAUCUUGUAUGGUUCAUUAGCUCCAGGUGGUGCUGUUGGUAAAAUUACAGGUAAAGAAGGUACUUAUUUUAAAGGUUUAGCAAGAGUUUUCGAAGAUGAACCAUCAUUCAUUUCUGCUUUAGAAAAUGGUGAAAUUAAAAAAGGUGAAAAAACUGUUUGUAUUAUUAGAAAUGAAGGUCCAAGAGGUGGUCCUGGUAUGCCAGAAAUGUUAAAACCUUCCUCUGCAUUAAUGGGUUAUGGUUUAGGUAAAGAUGUUGCCUUAUUAACCGAUGGUAGAUUCUCUGGUGGUUCUCAUGGGUUCUUAAUUGGUCAUAUUGUUCCAGAAGCUGCUGAAGGUGGUCCAAUUGGUCUUGUUAAAGAUGGUGAUGAAAUUGUUAUUGAUUCUGAUAAUAAUAAAUUAGAUGUUUUGAUUUCUGCUGAAGAAAUGGCUGAAAGAAAAUCUAAAUGGGUUAAACCUGCUCCAAGACAUACUAGAGGUGCUUUAGCUAAAUAUGCUAAAUUAGUUUCUGAUGCUGCUCAUGGUUGUGUUACUGAUGGUGAUGAAAUUUCACAAUAA